GUAGCGGCGGAGGCGGCGGCCGGGUCGCGGGUGCCGCUGCCCGGCGGGGGAGAGAGGCUCGGCUGGGGGGGUCGGGGCGGCCGGGCCGUUAGGAGCAGGAGCAGUAGCAGUAGCAGUAGCCCCUCGUCUCGGUUCUCCGUUCCCUCGCUCCUGCGUGGCGCUCCCCCUCGCGGCGCCUGAGGGAGGGAGGGCGGCGGGCGCGGCCAUGGCCGAGGACCCCAGCGCGCUGCCCUGGUCCAUCAACAAGGAUGACUACGAGCUGCAGGAGGUUAUCGGGAGCGGAGCGACUGCGGUGGUGCAGGCUGCCUUCUGCGCUCCGAAGAAGGAGAAGGUGGCAAUUAAAAGGAUCAAUCUUGAGAAGUGUCAGACGAGCAUGGAUGAACUCUUGAAAGAAAUUCAAGCCAUGAGUCAGUGCCAUCACCCCAACAUUGUAUCUUACUACACAUCCUUCGUGGUGAAAGAUGAGCUUUGGCUGGUGAUGAAGUUACUUAGUGGAGGCUCCGUUCUGGAUAUUAUAAAGCACAUUGUGGCCAAAGGAGAACACAAGACUGGUGUCCUGGAUGAACCCUGUAUAGCCACGAUCCUUAAGGAGGUGCUGGAGGGGCUGGACUACCUGCAUAAAAAUGGACAAAUCCACAGGGAUGUGAAAGCAGGAAAUAUUCUUCUUGGAGAAGAUGGCUCAGUGCAAAUUGCAGACUUUGGCGUCAGCGCCUUUCUGGCCACUGGUGGUGACAUCACGAGAAAUAAAGUCAGGAAAACUUUUGUGGGCACACCUUGCUGGAUGGCACCAGAAGUUAUGGAGCAGGUCAGAGGAUACGAUUUCAAGGCAGACAUCUGGAGUUUUGGGAUCACUGCUAUCGAACUGGCUACGGGGGCAGCUCCUUACCAUAAAUACCCGCCGAUGAAGGUUUUAAUGCUGACGCUACAAAAUGAUCCUCCGUCUUUGGAAACUGGUGUGCAAGAUAAGGAGAUGCUGAAGAAGUAUGGGAAGUCAUUUAGGAAGAUGAUUUCAUCGUGCCUACAAAAAGACCCCGAGAAAAGACCGACAGCAGCAGAACUCCUAAGGCACAAAUUUUUCACGAAAGCAAAGAAUAAGGAAUUUUUGCAAGAGAAGAUGUUGCAGAGAGCACCAACAAUCACUGAACGAUCCAAAAAGGUCCGGAGAGUCCCAGGUUCCAGCGGACGUCUUCAUAAGACUGAAGAUGGUGGCUGGGAAUGGAGUGAUGAUGAACUAGAUGAAGAAAGUGAGGAAGGCAGAGCAGCAAUUUCACAGCUCAGGUCUCCCAGAGUGAAAGAGCCUGUACAGAAUUCCGAGCUCUUCCCAUCAGCUGAGCCUCCAGGUCCUUCACUCAAUGCUCCAGCACAGGCACCUACUCAACUACCUCAGGCUGCAGGACAAGUACCUGCACAACCUCAAACUGCUGUACCUCCACCUAGUCAGGCUCCUCCAGCAGCCCCAGCAGCAGCCCAGGCCCCACCUGCCCCUGCUGCUGCAGCUCCGGUACAGGAAGAUACGAAAGUCCCCAUCAGCCUUGUACUAAGGUUAAGGAAUUCAAAAAAAGAGCUCAACGAUAUUCGAUUUGAAUUUACCCCAGGGAGAGAUACUGCUGAUGGUGUGUCUCAAGAACUCAUUUCAGCAGGUCUUGUCGAUGGCAGAGAUCUGGUAAUAGUUGCAGCUAAUUUGCAGAAAAUUGUGGAAGAGCCCCAAGCAAACAGAUCCGUCACUUUCAAACUGGCAUCUGGUGUCGAAGGCUCAGAUAUUCCUGAUGAUGGCAAACUUAUAGGAUUUGCACAGCUCAGCAUCAGCUAAACCAUGGUCCCAGGAGACGUUUCCCAACCGAGAACCCACAUGUGCAUAUUCGUAAUGCUUCUGUUAGCCUAAAUAAAGAAAAAAAAAAACCACUACUGCCAAAGAAUUGAACUACAGCCCCUUCCUAGAAGCUUUAACAUUUUUCCUUAAUAGGAUCACAAACCUUCCUGAAAUUACCGAUGGCGUUUACACCUUUUGUAAACAACUCUCAUGUUUUUGUAUCUGUCAUCUCAAACAUGCAGAUCCAACACAUCAUUGCCUGCAUGUUCAUUUUAUUAUUGCCUUACUUUAAAGAAAAAUACUACUGAGUACGAAGCAGGGGGUUCCACUGCUCUGAUGAUCUUGCCUAAAUGUUUGCUUACAUGUGGUUUCAAUUUUUUUUUUCACUUGCUAUUUUUGCACAAGUUUUAAUACUGAACGGAUCAUUUUUUUUUCUGUUUGUUUUGUUCUUUACCUGCUUCUCCUCCUAUCUGAAACACCAAUGUACACGUUGUUUGGGUCACCUGGAGUGCUGAGAAAUCUGCUUCUCUUCAGCUGUGUGUUUUUUAAAAGUGCUGGUUUGAAUGCUUGCACCUGAGAAAGCAAGCCAAGUCUUAACCCGCGGGAGGGAGAGCUGCCUUCCCUUGUGUUUGUGUUUUUGAGAAGUUCCUUGACUUUGAGGUGUUAGAAGUCAGCUUCCCUUUGUAAACUGCCUUAAUUUUAUUUUAUUUUAUUUUUUUUUUUAACCAUUUUGGUUCUCUCCACAUGAGUGCCAGGCCUGGCAUGAGGGCUGAACCUUUUAAUUUACGUUAAGCAGUCCUUCCUCAAAACGUCUUCUCGUUCUGCAUCUUAGACGUAGUCUGUUCUUGAAGCAGAGCAAUGAGGCACUGCUGUCUGGAAAAACUGGUCUUUCAGAUGAUCCACAAACCCCUCGUGCUCAGAGGGAGAGCUCCGUGUCGCUCUGCGGCUGGAAAAGACGCGCUUUGGACUGUUCCCCAAACCCGCUCUGUUCUGCCUGGCUGCGCGAGUGUCCCCCCCUCCCCACCCCGAUUCCUGACGUGUUUCCCAGUCCUUUGCAAACUGGUACCCGUGGAACCACCCCUGUCGUGUUUUACAGCAAUAACCAGUUGCCAGUAGAGUGGUAGUACUGGGCAAGCGAGCGCCGGGCUGUGUCCCUCCUGCACUAACCGCUCGGGUCGCCGGCCUUCUCCUGGGCCCGAGCCUCCACGUUUGAUCAGGAUGUCACUGAAACCCUGUCACACACCUAUUUAGCUUUUCUUUCUCUAUGUGGUGUUGAAUUUGAGUUUCUACAUGAAUAAUAUAAAUUAUACUCGGAGUUUGAUAAGAGACACUUGUAAUGCAAUAUGUGAAUAAUAAAUGGUGUUGAUUUGUUUUUUUUUUUUUAUUUUGUUGUUUCCUACUGUUUCACAGUUGGCCUUUGUAACUGCUAUUGGCUCUGGAGUGUUUUCUACACAAAAAUUGUAAGCCUGUCGUUUAACACACAGAUGGAAACGUGUUUGGUUUCCAUCAGCCACAAACAAUGCAGAAACAGAGUGUUAAAGCGGAAUGACUGGGUUCAAUUACAACUUUUUUCUUUUCUUUCUGUUUUUUUUUUUUUUAAUUUCCAAGUCUUCAGAUGAACAAUCUGUAUUUAUAUAUUGUUCUCUAUGAGCAGCUGUGGAAGCUUCCUGAAUUGUGCAUGUUCUUUUUAUACCCCCCUUGUUGCUUUUAGCCUCUAGGUGGAUAUUGGGCAUGUCCCCAUGGGCUUUUUGCAGCCCUGUGGCCAGUGAGGAUGAAGCGGAGGGAGAGGAGGAAGGGUUUGGGAGAAAGAGCCACCCCUGGGUGCUGAGCAGAUGCUCUCAAGAGCCCAAGAAGUAGAUGCUCAAGCCCAGGGAGUCGGUGGUGGCUGAGUUUGGCCACAUACUUGUGGCACCUCCGGCUCUUUCUCCUGUUGUCUGACAUGAAGCACUCCCUGUGGCUUCCUCCAUCGAGCUUCUUGGCUCGAGAAGAGCAGGCUGGCAUCUGAAUUUUCCUGUCACCCUGUAGGUGGAUAGGGAUGUAUCGGAAACCCUGAGGACAGGGAGACAAGGUAGAUGUGGUACAGUAUUAUUUUCCCUCCUGCCUGCAUGCCGUGGGGACCCCCUUGUUCAUUUCUGUACUGGUGCUGAGAGAGGUAGGACUCGAAACUGCUCAAAUGGAACAAUGCAACAUCUCUAUUUAUUAAGUUAUUUCCCACCUUCCCAAAGCCAGGACUUAAAGAGCUUGAGCUCACACUAACCCAAGGCUCCUCAGUUCUUAAAUGGAGAAAAUAAGUAAGGAAGAAACUGAUGUUUUUUUUUUUUUCUGUAGAUCUCCAGAUGUUUUGGGCAGGGAUCCAAAAUACUUCCUUGGGCUAUUACAGUUCUAGACAACUGUCUUCUCUGAUGUUGUUCCAGUAAGUGCCAAUGCUGUUCAUAAUUGUUUUCCAGUGUCAUUAAGAAUUUGGUUUUUUGUGCAAAUUUCUGAUCUGAACCUGGAAGCAGGUGGUAAUUUUAAGUUAGUUCCUACUUUUAAGGACAAUGCUCUGUUAAUGAAAACGGAUCCUCUUCACAACUUUGGUGUAUUGUAGAUUAUAACGAAAGAUGUAAAAUAUUCAGGCUUUUUUUCCUUUUUUGGACUUUGUAUUUUACUGCAUGUCUCUAAUUUUUAAUCAAUAAAGAACAAAUUGUCCAUUGC